AUGCAGCUGCUCCUGGCCCUGGCAGGGGUCCUAGCCACACUCAACCUUGCCCAGCCCUGGGAGGGCACUGCCCCAGCCUCCCCCAGAGCAGUGGAGACCUCGGUCCUCCAGGACUGCAUAGCAGAGGCCAAGUUGCUGGUGGAUGCUGCCUACAAUCGGACCCAGAGGAGCAUAAAGCAGCGCCUUCGCAGCGGCUUGGCCAGCCCCAUGGACCUCCUGUCCUACUUCAAGCAACCAGCAGCGACCACCAGGACAGUCGUUCGGGCUGCGGAUUAUAUGCAUGUGGCCUUGGGGCUGUUGGAAAAGAAGUUGCAACACCAGUGGUCCAGACCCUUCAAUGUCACUGAUGUGCUGACGGAAGCCCAGCUGCAGCGGCUGUCCCAGGCCAGCGGCUGUGCUCUCCGGGACCAGGCUGAGAAGUGCAGCAACAAGUACCGCACCAUCACUGGGAGAUGCAACAACAGGAAGAGACCCUUGCUGGGGGCCUCCAACCAGCCCUUGGCCCGCUGGCUGCCCGCCAGGUACGAGGAUGGGCUGUCACUUCCCUUUGGCUGGACCCCCAGCAGGACGAGAAAUGGCUUUCUCCUCCCUCUGGUCCGGGCCGUCUCCAACCAGAUCGUGCGCUUCCCCACCCAGAGGCUGACCUCCGACCGGGGCCGGUCCCUCAUGUUCAUGCAGUGGGGCCAGUUCAUCGAUCACGAUCUGGACUUCAGCCCGGAGUCCCCAGCCAGAGUGGCCUUCACUGCGGGCGUUGACUGUGAGAGGACCUGCGCCCAGCUGCCCCCUUGCUUUCCCAUCAAGAUCCCACCCAACGACCCCCGCAUCAAGGACCGGCAUGACUGCAUCCCCUUCUUCCGCUCGGCCCCCGCGUGCCCCCAAAGCAGGAACACGGUCCGAAACCAGAUCAACGCGCUCACCUCCUUCGUGGACGCCAGCAUGGUGUACGGCAGCGAGGUCUCUCUGGCCCUGCGGCUCCGCGACCAGACCAACUACCUGGGGCUGCUGGCGGUCAACACCCGCUUCCGCGACAACGGCCGGGCCCUGCUGCCCUUCGACAACCUGCGUGAGGACCCGUGUCUGCUCACCAACCGCUCCGUGCGCAUCCCCUGCUUCCUGGCAGGUGACUCCCGAUCGUCGGAAACUCCCAAACUGGCAGCCAUGCACACCCUAUUUGUGCGUGAGCACAACCGCUUGGCCACUGAGCUGCGGCGCCUGAACCCCCGGUGGACGGGAGACAAACUGUACAACGAGGCUCGGAAGAUUGUGGGGGCCAUGGUCCAGAUCAUCACCUACCGAGACUUUCUGCCCCUGGUUCUGGGCAAGGCCCGGGCCAGGAGAACCCUGGGGCCCUACAGAGGGUACUGCUCCAACGUGGACCCACGCGUGGCCAAUGUCUUCACCCUGGCCUUCCGCUUCGGCCACACCUUGCUCCAGCCCUUCAUGUUCCGCUUGGACAGCCGAUACCAGGCCUCGGCACCCAACUCGCAAGUCCCUCUCAGCUCUGCCUUCUUUGCCAGCUGGCGAGUCGUGUAUGAAGGUGGCAUCGACCCCAUCCUCCGCGGCCUCAUGGCCACCCCGGCCAAGCUGAACCGUCAAGAUUCCAUGUUAGUGGAUGAGCUCCGGGACCGGCUGUUCCGGCAAGUGAGGAGGAUCGGGCUGGACCUGGCGGCUCUCAACAUGCAACGCUCCCGGGAUCACGGCCUUCCAGGCUACAAUGCUUGGAGGCGCUUCUGCGGGCUCUCCCAGCCCCGGAAUCUGGCACAGCUUAGCCGGGUGCUGAAAAACCAGGAUUUGGCAAGGAAGUUCCUGAACCUGUAUGGGACGCCUGACAACAUUGACAUCUGGAUUGGGGCCAUCGCAGAGCCUCUUUUGCCAGGGGCGCGGGUGGGGCCUCUUCUGGCCUGUCUUUUUGAGAACCAGUUCAGAAGAGCCGAGACGGAGACAGGUUCUGGUGGCAGAAAAAGGGUGUUUUCAAGAAGACAGCGCGAGGCCCUGAGCCAGAUUUCCUUGUCUCGAAUUGUAUGUGACAAUACCGGUAUCACCACCGUUUCAAGGGACAUCUUCAAGGCCAACAUCUACCCCCGGGGCUUUGUGAGCUGCAGCCGUAUCCCCAGGUUGAACCUGUCAGCCUGGAGAGGCACAUAAGGCUUCUGCAGGAGUCUAUCCCAAGCUCCAACCCUUGGAGACAUAUGGAAGGGGAAGACUAUGAGGCUGCCUUCAUCCUCUGGAGCAACUGUGUCCUGCUGAUGCUUUUGCUGGCUACACCUCAGAGUUGGCCGGGAGUGACAGCUGGUGCCCCUAGCAGCAGUGGAUUCCCCUGCCUUGGGAGCUUCUUAGGUUUUAGGUUAUGAAUCAGCGCCAGGUGCAAGGACUUACGGCCCAGGCAAGAGCCAGCUAGAGGGAUUCCAGCUCCUUUCUUGUUGCCCAGCCCUCCCCCACCUGACUGGGAGACCACAUAGUCCCAGCCUCUGGCCACCCCACAAUCCUCCCCCGAGCCUGCGGCUGGGCAGUGCGCUCUGCUUCUCCCAAUAAAGCACUGCUGAGCUUGGGGCCGCCAUGCCUGUGUUGGGCUGGGGGGUGUGGCUGCAGUCCCAUGCUUUGCUCCACAUGUUUAAGAGGAGCACUGCUAAGUCGCGAGCUGGCACUGACCGCUAAGCCUCUCCUGGGGCUGACUUAAGAGAGCCCACAGCA